CCGCAAUAGGCAAUAUCUCUUGUGCUGUCAGAACCUUCUUGUCAAUGUCCUUUACAUAUGUUGAUUUCGACCUUUUUUGGGCUGUCACCCCUUUCGAGAUCGUGCACCGUCCAUGUCGGCGCCUGCACGCCUAGAAGGCUCCGUCCCAUCUGCCACCCCAGCUUUCCAUUGGAUUGUCAUCGCGAACAACACGUCACGAGCAGUUCCAGGCUGGAGUCACUCAGCUGGCUUGGUCAGGAGCUGCCCUCCAGAAACUUGGGUGUCGUGGGGGGCAUCAAUGCCCGCAUACCUACCUUAUUUCCGUUCCUGCUCCUCGGUUCCUGCCGCACUUCCCAUCCACCCUUUUUAAUAUGACGCAAGUCGUGGGGUGUUUGCCUUUCAGGGAAUGGAUUGAAACAUGGUCCAGCCGCCCCGAAGGUGAGUCGCCCGGCUGCCUCGAUCCUUCCCUGAGCUAUAAGUACCGGCAUGUCAUUGAGCAAUAUCCACAUCCCUCGCUGGGCACAUUGCUUCCCUGUUCUCUUCCUUU